AUGUCUCCCCAGUCUUCAGCCCCGGUACAGAGGACGGCGCCUAUCGCCAUUGCUCCUAAACCUCCUCGUCCUGAACCCUCUCCUUAUCGCCACGACAGUUUUCAUAGGCUUGAGAUGGGUCACGGAGUUGCCAAUUCUGCACCCAUUGAGGGUUCAUCGUUCAACGCCUCCUCCAUCCCACCCUGUCUAUCAUGCCGAUACUCACGCGUCAACUGUAUCCCUAACGAUGAUGACGACGGUUGCAUUCAAUGCCAAGCUGCUGGCUCCGAAUGUUCCCUUUCUUCCAGUCCUCAGUCCCGAAAGAGGAAACUAAACGGUGAUGCUAGCGAAGAUAUCAUCGGGAAAAGAAGCCUCUCAAGCACCGCCGCUAGCAGUUCGUUUCUUGAAGAGAUGGCCAACGUCGGCGGCCCUACCAUGCUGAAACGCACGCUGGGCCUCCAAGAUGACCGUUACAGCCAAUAUAUUGGCCCUACCACCGACUUUGAGCCAUCACUUAUCAAUCUUUCUUCCUUCGAUCCCCAUGACGAGAGUCUCUUGUCCAGAGGUACCCUUCGCAAAGUCAGCGAGCACGACACUUUCUUGAUGUUGCCUGACUCUAGCACUCCGGGGCACGAGCAUGUGACGCAAGAUGCCGAUCACAUUGAGUCCAUCGUGGCACCCCAUGGAAGGCAUCUUAUCGAUCUUUACUUCAGCGUUGUUCAUCCAGGAUUUCCCAUUAUUCAAAAACAUGUCUUUAUGGAAAAGUAUGAACGAUCUUACAGAGAGUUUUCGCCGCCACUACUAGCAGCUGUGUAUAUUAUUGCCAUCAAUUGGUGGGAUCAAAGCGAGGAGUUGGCUGGAAAGCCACGGCCCAACGUCAAGGAGCUCGAAAGCCUUAUUCGGGCAACUCUGGAUGAGGCAACCUUUCGCCCAAAACUUUCGACAAUCCAAGCUGGUCUACUACUCUCUCAACGACCUGAGGGUGACCAAUGGGCUCCUACUGCCCAGUUAGUGGCACUCGGUCACGAGUUGGGGCUGCACCUUGAUUGUACACAUUGGAAGAUACCACCUUGGGAAAAGGGUUUAAGAAAACGACUGGCAUGGGCUCUUUACAUGCAAGACAAAUGGGGUGCUCUUGUUCAUGGGAGACCGUCGCAUAUCUUUGCUACUAACUGGGGUGUUCAGCCUCUUACCGCAAACGAUUUUCCAGAUGUCGAAUGGGAUGAGAACGACCCAGAUGAAAAACUUGAUAUUGAGAAGGGACGAGUAUUGUUCACUCGUGCGGUACAACUUUCAGAAAUCCUUUCAGAAAUUCUCGACACAUUUUAUACCCUCCAAGCCAUGAAUACGGUCGCAAACGCGGGCAAGCAGGGAACGCAACUGGUGUUAUCACUCGCGAAGCCAAUCCAGCUCAAGCUUAAGGAGUGGUACGGAGGAUUACCGCAACUCAUUCGCUUGGACUCUUCAUACUCUUCUCUUAACCCUUCUUCUAGCAGGUUGUCGAGUAUUGGAUAUCUCCACUUGGCAUACUUUGCGGCCGAAAUCACUCUCCAUCGGCGGAUUAUUCGAUCAUUAGCUUCGCCAUCCAGCUCUGUCGACUCUUACGUACAGCACAUAUGUCGCAGCGCCGCCAAGGCACGUCUCAUUUCUGCCAUGGAUUUUGUCAAUCGUCUUGGGCCGAACCACCUACGCUCGUUUUGGUACUUUGCUUCCAAGACUAAUUUUGCGUUGAUUGGGACGUUUGGCUCUCUUCUUUGGGCGACAUCACCUGGACGCGAAGAAGCUGACUGGUAUCGACGACGACUGGGAGAGUACCGAUGGACUCUCUCUGUGAGCUCAAAACCUGGCGAAGGCACAGGCUUGACUGAGUUCGCCAUGACAAUGUUGGAUAUUUCGACGGGUUUGCUCAAGCAGCUACCGGAAAAGCCUUCGAUGAGUCGGAAUGGAAGCCACGCUGAUCUGUCGGUUUCUGCGCCGCCUAUCUUCAGUGGCGGUAUCUUGGACAGUCUGGGUAGCAGGCCCACUGCAGCAGAAAUCAGUGCUAUGCGUAGUCCACGCACCGACGACGAAGAGGAGAUGGAGGAGAUGGAUAGUAGCGACGACGACAUGGAAGAUUAUCCUCGGAUGUAG